GCCAUGAUGACGUGGGAAUCUCCUUAGCAAAGCAAAGCGAGGAUGACGUGGCACCUCCGUCCAGCCGCUGCAGCACCGCCACGCGCCGACCAUAUGCACAGUGCCAGGUAGCCAGUUGUUCCAUCCUGCUAUGAAGCGACACGUAAUCAGUCCAGCAACUUUUUAAUCAUCCAUUUAGAUUGCUUAAUCAAUGACCUAAGUCACAAUUCGGUACCUCCACGUGGCAUACGGGAGAAAGACACCAGCAAUUACCCAGCCGUAUUUUUUUUAAUUUGGGCUUCUGAUUUUGUUGGCAUUGGUGCUUUGCGUUGGUUAAACCGCGGGCAUCUUUAAACACGAGCAGAAAUUCCUUUGGAACACUCUCUGAUGGCGGUUUCAAAUUCUGCUGCGUUGUUUUUCCCUCUAUAACGCAAAGUGAUGUUUCAUUUGGAGAGAUUAAUUGGGAGUAUAAUUAGCGCAAUGGAUGGAGGGUUUUCUGAUUUGCUUUAAAUUUUUGCCAGGGCAUGGUCGGGUAAUUUAUAGAGAUGGCAACGGAUUAAUUUGUCGGUGGGAGAAGAUGGGAACUUGAUCGAGGCAUGUCAAUUCACGGCAGAUUUUCGCGGUGGCAGUUGCAGAAUUCUGGUAAUCGAGGGAGGUUUUGUUUCCGUUAGAUUGCAGCACGGUUUCAAUUCAGAGGGUUUUGCGACCUCAAGGGUUUCUACGUUUUUCAGGAAUCAAAGUUCAGAACAACACUUUCUAGGACAAUUAGUGCAUUGUGAAGGAAACUCUCGUGAGAUAAGAACUGGUGCAAUCAUGGAAACCGUUCCCUUGCUCAAUGGGGAACGGUCUGUUCAGGCUUCUCAAUUGGAUAGGAUAGAAGAUAGGGUAGUUGACAGGGGGGGUGGAUUCAUGCUGUCAGCACGGUCAGUCAUAUCUUUGCAGCCUCGAAUUGUGUCAAGUAAACGGAAGCUUGAGGAUCUGGAGGUAGAUUCUUCUGAUUUGGUAGGGGUAAGACCGAGGUGGGAAGUUGGACAUGAUUGUUGGCAAGAGAGGAGACAGACAAUGGUUCUUGGUGAUCAGUUUGGAAAUUGUGAAAUUGAGAGUCGGACAAUGGAGGUGAAUUGUGCAUGUGUAAUGAAUUGUGUUGUGGAGGAGUCUAAUUUUGAUAACUCUGUUCUGCAGGGGUCAUGUGAGGCAGAGGUUGCAAUUCACUCGGACAGUCUUGAUGUAGGAAAUGAAAUUAUGAUGAUGGAAGCUGAUUUUUCUGAAGUUGAAUAUCUGCGAACAGCAUCUACUGAUGUGCACAAAAUUUCAUCGUCCACAACCAAAGAUGACACUAUGGAGUUGUUGACUGAUGAGGAAGAGGGAGAAAUUCUCAUGGAAUGCUCUACUCAGGGCAAUCAAUCCAUUGAUUAUACUUUUGAUUAUCCAACAUCUGCUAGCUCCACAUCAAUUGACAAGAUAGAGGAUUCAAUGCAAACAGUAUCAGAUGUCCUGGAGAAUGUCUCACAACUAGUUGAUAAUGAAGAGCAUAAAGAGCAAUGUGCAGACACAAGGGAAUUUGAAUAUGAUGGAAAGUAUAUUGAUAUGCCUGUCAAGGAGAAAGAGAAUGAUGAAGAUAUGGAAAAUUCAUUGAGCAAAUGCUUAACUGAGACCCUAGAGGUUUCUAAUGCUGGUCAUACAGAAGGUCUCUAUGCUGGAACUUCAAGUUGCUCAAGUUCCCAAGGUUGUUUUGAUUUAAAUGAGUCCACAAACAAUGGUUCUUCAGUAAAAGAGAUGGAUAGUGAUGUUAGUUCCUCUGAAUUAAAGUUACAGUUCUUUGUUAGGACCAUUCUAGAUGGACGAACCAUAGUCCUUCAUGCCAGCUUGAGUGAUACAGUUGAUUCUAUUCACAGGAUGAUCCAGUCGAGAACUGGGUUACCCUCAUAUGAACAGCGGCUUAUAUACUGUGGAAAGCAACUGCAGCAGGACCAGACUUUGGCAGACUAUAAUGUCACCAAAGAUGCAAUGCUUCAUUUGGUUGGUCGCAUGAGAAGCACAGCACUACCACUUUCAUGGCGGCUUGUUAAUGAUUUAGUGAGCAUUAUUUGGUUGUUGUGUGGCAAAAAUGAUAAACCAAAUGUGCUACAGGAUAUGGUCCGGGACAGAGUAAAAGAUUUUUUGAAAAUGGCUGCAAAGCCAGUACCUCCGUCAGAUCAUAUGCAGGUCUUUCAGCUUGCAGGAGCGACCCAAGCUUUGGUAAUGUUACUGCUCUCCCCCCUAGAGAGCAAUUCUAAGUGUGCAGAAGAAUGUAUUAAGCUUUUUACUUCAUCAAGUGAUGAGUAUUUGCCGAAUCGCAUUCACUGCUACUGUGCUCCUAUUCUUUUGGAUUUUUGCAAGUUGCUAGCCAAUAAAGCUCCCAAUAAUGGUUUAUACCCCAUAUGCCGUAGCUCUCUAGCCGCUCUGCUUGACACAAUUGGUGCUGCCCAUGGAAGCCCUUAUUUUAAUGAAGCAAGGGCGUCAACUAUUGUACAAGAAUUUUCUCCUUUUGUGAAUGAGCUGUCAAAUAGGCUGUCAUCAAGUUUGCGCUGGACUAAAAAUGCCUUUGCUCUUCAAGAUAUUGCUGUAAAUAAUUUGGUACCUCUCAAAGAAGGACAGGAUUUCACAGCUUUUGUAAUACCUCUCUGUAAAGCCAUGGAAUCUUGCAAAGGAAGCGAAGGUCACAUGCCAUCAUAUGGUUUUCAUAUGAGAGAGAAAAAAAAAGGUAUUCGAAAAGAUCUAUCUCAGAAACUGGUCAUCACUGCUAGCUAUUCUGUCAACUUGAAGGAGGAGAUUGGAUCCCACAGAUGGCUUCAAGCAGUUUUCAGGACCCUGCUUCUUGAAAUUGACAGUUGCCUUGAAGCUGUUGAAGAUGUUCUUGUUGCACCUGGGACAUCAACAGUUGAGGAUCACCCAUUUGGCUGGACUCCAUUUCUAGUGGUUUUAAAAGGCUUGCAUGCUAUUGCCAAACUUUAUGAUGAGGCCAUGGAGGAAAUGUUAUCUAUCCUAAAAUCACGCCAUACAGCUUUAAAUAUUCUUGUAAGACAAUCACGGUGGAAUGAUGAUCACUUUUGGCUACUUGACUAUGGGUUUCUUCUUGAUUUUGAGUCUAAGAAGCGGCUUGUGAUGGCAAUGCUCCCAGAACCACAGGAUGACCAUGAUGAACGCCAGGAAGUUGUUGUCCACAGAUCUCAGCUGCUCACAGAUUCGUUUGAAUCGUUGGCAUAUGUGGAACCGGAGAUUUUACAGGGAGGGAUUUCUGUGGAGUUUCUUACUGAGGAAGCAACUGGUCCAGGUGUCUUGCGGGAAUGGUUUUGUUUGAUAUGCCGUGAAAUCUUUAAUCCUCAGAAUGCACUUUUUCUGUCAUGCCCAAAUGAUCGCCGAAGAUUUUUUCCUAAUCCAGCAUCUGGGGUGAACCCUGGGCAUCUUACCUAUUUCAAGUUUUGUGGUCGAGUCAUUGCUUUAGCUCUAAUGCACAGGGUCCAAAUUGAUGUUGUUUUAGCUCGCGCAUUCUUCAGGCAGCUGGCAGGAGAAUCAGUCUGUUGGGAAGAUAUCCGUGAUGCAGAUCCUGAGCUAUACAUGAGUUGCAAGAAAAUUUUGGAGUUGGAUCCAGAGAUAUUUGAUUCAGGUGCUCUGGAGCUCACCUUUGUAACCGAAGUUGAAGAACUAGGCUCCCGGAAGAUAGUGGAGCUUUGUCCAGGUGGAAAGGAUAAGGCUGUGAGCAGCAUAAAUAGACAUCAGUAUGUGGAUCUGCUUAUUCAGCGGCGUUUUGUAACAUCUGUGACAGAGCAAGUUAAUUGCUUUGCACAGGGCUUCCAGGAUCUGCUUGUUAAUUCCACAUAUCAACAGUUCCUGCGAGCAUUAGAGCCUGAAGACGUGGAUCUCAUGCUGUAUGGAUAUGACAGAGACAUUUGCUUGAAUGAUUGGAAGGCACACACAGAGUAUCAUGAGUACAAUGAAGAUGAUGAUACCAUGACUUGGUUUUGGCAGGUGGUUGAGGAUAUGAAAAUGGAGGAACGAAGAAAGCUUCUUUUCUUCUCAACAUCCUUGGCCCAUCUUCCUGCUGAGGGGUUUUCUGGUCUGUCUUCAAAAUUUCAUAUUCACAGAGCCUAUACUGACUUGAGUUGGCUUCCCACUGCACAUACUUGCUUUUAUCAGCUUGUUAUUCCACCCUACUCUUGUUUCAAGAUGAUGUACGAUCGUCUCCAUGCUAUUACCGAAGGAGACAUUGCAGAAGGCUUUGGUUUUCCAUAAAGAGCAGUCAAUAGAACAUUUCAAGAUGGUUACAAAAUUAGUUGUAUAACCAAGUAAGCAAGUUUUGUCCAACUUUUUUUUUUUCAUCCCAUGGAAAAUGCAUAAUGUUGUUUAUUCCAGUACUAAUGCCGACAUGAAGUUUGUAAGAUAUCUAGAAAUAUUAAUUUGGUUUUGUUUUUCUUCACAAUGACUAAUGUUUGUGGAGGUGCUAUUUUAGCGCAAGUGUCUAUGCUGAAUCAUUGGGAUUGGAUUGCAAAUGAUAAUCCUGAGCAGCUUUAGAAUCUGAAGUUGACCUUUGAUUGGAUUGAGCAGCUCUAUUGUAUCAAUCAACUUGUAUAAAAUCAUGGACUAUGUAUAUUUUUCAAGUGGAAGAUAUGGUAUAUUAGAAUGAUGUAUUUAUCUUCUGAUUCGAAGAUACAGGUUGCUAACAUCUCCUUUCAAAUGUAUACAUCUGACCUUGGUUAAAAGUUGAAACCAUAAAACUUUAGCAUCAGGCUAUGCAUUGCAGAUUUUGUCACAAAAUAUCUCAUCAACUUUGGGAUACACGUCUUUUGUUUACUUAUUUUCUCGCCCUCUAAGGGUAUGAUCAUUUAAUGUAAAUAAUGCUUUGAAGUUGUUUCA